AUGUUCUAUCUACUUCCUCUCAUUCUGGCACUAAGAGUCUCUGCUGCAACUUUCACCGUUUUUGAUGUCGCAUUGCCAUCAGAUGUACUACCAGCAGUGGGUCAGCAAACUGCGUCCAUUGUAUCCUUCAAGCCCCUCGGUGUUGGCCCUGACGGGACCACGUAUGAAAUCGCCCAAGCAGGGCCUACCGGCGGUCCCAUAAUCCAACAAACCAUUGUGGCCGACAAAUCUGGCAUUUCGGGCGUUGCCAAUCCGCAAGCGGGAGUUGAAAUUAAGGCGGCAUGUCAAUGGGGGGAUUCCCAAGAGGGCGUUUGCGAUGUCGACAUCUCUAACGAGUCCACCACAGCAUCGGUCACAUACACGGGGACCCUCGUUCCCCUGUUUACAGUGACGGUGGACGACUCGAGUGCCCCUGCUUUACCCACCAGCACCAGCGACGCCGCUCCCAGCUUGCCUUCGCCUACUAGUGCUGGUGGCGCAGAUCGCAGCUCACCUGCAGGUAGCGCAGCCUCCGAAUCAGGUGCCUCCGCUUCACCCACAAGCGAUGGUGCUUCUGCCUCCCCCUCCGCUUCCAACGCUGCCUCCCCCACGUUGAUCGAACACAUUUGUAUCUCGCUGCCACUUCAUGCUGAUGUUGUAGAUUAG